AUGGGCUUUUUCCCUGUCUCCUUUGGUUUCACUUAUAUUCUGCUUGCUGUUGAUUAUGUUUCAAAAUGGGUGGAAGCCAAGUCCACCAGAAUUAAUGAUGAUCGGAUCCAUGAGGUUUUGCUUCAAAAGUUUGGGGUUGUGCAUAAGCUUUCUACACCAUAUCACCCUCAACCUAAUGGGCAAGUCGAGAUCUCAAAUAGAGAAAUCAAGAGGAUCUUGGAGAAGAUUGUACAACCCAACCGAAAGGAUUGGAGCAACAGACUAGAAGACGCUCUUUGGGAUCACAGGACUGCUUACAAGGCUCCAAUAGGGAUGUCUUCUUAUCGGGUUGUCUUUGGUAAGCCAUUCCACCUUUUAGUGGAGAUAGAGCAUCGAGCUUACUACGUUGUCAAAUCAUGCAACUUCUCACUUGAUCAAGUUGGGGAGGAAAGGAAGCUACAAUUGAACGAGUUAGAUGAGAUUCAUUUGGAAGCAUAUCAGAACUCUAUACUUGGUCUCAUGGAUGGUAAGUUGCGGUCAAAGUGGAUUGGUCCUUUUGUGGUUACUAAUGUUUAUCCAUAUGGUGCAAUUGAGAUCAAGACCCAAUCCACCGACAAAAGCUUUAAAGUGAAUGGGCAUCGUCUAAAGCCAUUCCUCAGCAACCCUGCCUCGGUGGAUACUGUUGUAGAAGAGACUUCCCUACUUGACCCCACUUCUGUUUCACCAUGA